AUGAACAGCCUCCGGCCACGACCAGCAGCCAAUUUGAUGCCAGGCCGAUGUGAACAUCUGCCGCCGGCCUCCUACAGAGCCAGCAUGUCGGUCGAACAGACGAACAGACAGCCUGUGAUGCAGACAGAGUCGGCCGAGCUCACUUCGAGGGAGGAGGAGUCGGCUGUGCUGGUAUCAUCCCGCGCGUCGGCAACCAGCACCGAAUGGCAUCACGCAGGCUUGCCUCGGACAAAGGUUCGGUUGACGAAAUUGCUUUUGUGCUCGGCCAAGGCGAGGACAGUCAAUCCGGAUGAAAAAGGGAGCUGGACAAAAGUUGCAUUUUACAGUCUCCUCUGUGGAAUCGGUCUUCUGCUCACUUCACCGUGUCUUGAAGGUGUUCGUCUGGAAGCGAGGGAUGUUUUUUUCGUCUCCGUGAGCCACUUUGGUGGGCUGACAAACGAGAUUAUUGACACGAUAAAUAAGCAUAGUGGUCGCGUUGUCAGGGCGACAAGGAUUGACUUCACCUGUCUCUUUGACGAGUUCGUAACUUGGUGCCGAGAAUGGCAGCACUCAAUGAUGAUACCAACUACGAUGCCGGCUAAAAGUUUGAGAAUGUACCAAGUCCACUGUCUGAUGCUGGGAAUCAUGACAACUACUAUGUCAGACAACUUCGGACUAGGUGCCUUCUACUAA